AUGCCAUUUCUGGAAAAGGCUCAAGAGAGCCAGAGGCCAUCUCAUUCUGAGAAAGAACCAGAGCCUGAGAGGAUGGUGGAGAUGGGUGUUCCAGAACCUGAGGAGGCUGAGGAAUCAGUUCAGGUGGAGGUUUCUGGAGCAGAUAGAACUGCUGAGCCUGAACAGCAGAUGGGAAAUCAUAGUGAACAAGAAGAAGCAGGUGCUGAUGUGUUGAACCCUGAGCAGCAGGAUUUGGGUGACUAUGUUCUAGCCAGAGAUAGGGUCAGAAGAAUCCCUAAACCAUCUACAAGAUACAGUGAAGAAGAAUACUUGCUAUAUGCACUAUGUGUUGCAGAAAACAUAGAGUAUGCAGAGCCUUCAAGCUUCAAGGAAGCUAUAAGUUCUAAGGAGAGCAAGCAGUGGAUGGAGGCUAUGAUAGAUGAAAUACAGUCCCUGAUCAAAAACAAGACAUGGGUGCUUGUGAAGAGACCUUCCACACAAAAACCACAAGAGAAUGUUGUGAUCAAGUGCGACAGCAAUAGCGCGAUUUGUCUUUCGAAACAUCAGACAUAUCAUGAACGCAGCAAACAUAUAGACGUGAGGCUGCAUUUCAUUCGAGAUGAGGUUGAGAAGGGUGCGGUGAAGAUUGAGAAGGUCAGCACCGAGCACAAUGCGGCUGAUGCACUUACUAAAGCCCUACCGAGAUCCAAAUAUCCGGGAAUGGAUUAUGAAACGCCAUCUACUUCCCAUGUAGAUAAUCAGUCACCCGUAGAUGACAUUGUGCAGAAUACAGAUUUAAAUAUUCCAGAAUGCCCAAUAGAACUUAAACCAUAUGUUGGUCGUAGCUUCCCUACUUUGGACAACGCAAUUGAGUUAUACCAGAACUAUGGGCGACGCGUCGGUUUUGAUACAAGGAAGAACGGUUCAAAGAAGGUUGAUGAUAUCACCUUAUGGUUUUACAUGGUGUGUAAUAGAGAGGGUGAACAGAAGUUUAACGAUCAACAACCCAAAAGACGACGCAAAUCAAAAAAAUGUGGAUGUAAUGCUUCUGUUGCUUUCAAAUUUGAUUCAGAUCGUGGUUACGUAAUUCAACACUUUAAAGAAGAACACAACCAUCCCAUGGUUGAUGUACAACACCACAAGUUCAUGAGGCUAAAUCGUCAACUUGAACCAGUGCAUCAAAAAUUUAUUUCAGAUUGUGCUGGAGCUAAUAUCGGGCCAUCUCUAACUUUCAAGCUGCUUACUGAGUUGAUGGGCGGUUAUGAGUCUGUUGGUUGUACUGUGUUGGACAUUCGCAACUAUACACGGGAUAUCAGAAGAUACGCUGAAGGAUGUGACGCCCAAAUGAUCAUAGAUGAGUUGAAGAAGAAGAAGGAAAAUUGUGAUGCCUUCACGUACGAGUAUGAAGUUGAUUCCCGGAGUCGUUUGAAUCAUUUGUUUUGGUGCGAUCCUAUUGCCAAGAUGAAUUUCUUGCAAUUUGGUGACAUUGUUUCUUUCGAUACUACGUACUCAACUAACAGGUACUCAAUGAUUUUUGCUCCGUUUACUGGUAAGGACAACCAUGGCCGUCCAGUGUCAUUUGGAGCUGGUUUGCUUUGUAGUGAGAGUGCGGAUUCGUUCUCUUGGCUUUUUAAUCAGUUUGUGAAAUGCAUGGGCAUACAUCCGAAGUUGAUAAUUACUGAUCAAGAUUUGGGCAUGAAAGUAGCUGUUGAAAAAGUUCUUGUGAAUACACGGCACAGAUGGUGUAUGUGGCACAUCAUGGCAAAGGUAGCUGAAAAGGUUCCUAAGUCACUUCUUGGAAAUAAUGAUUUUAAAAAGGAUUUGAAUUCAUGUGUUUGGUCUGAGUUGAUUGAACCUACUGAGUUUGAAGACAAGUGGAAGAAUGUGAUGGAGACUUAUGAUCUUGUUGGCUCUGAAUGGUUUGUUUCUAUGUUCGAAUCAAGAAGGUAUUGGGUUCCAGCCUACUUUAGGGACUUUCCUAAUAGUUCGUUGAUAAAGACGACAUCUGUUUCGGAGUCGCAGAAUAGUUUUUUCAAGAGGUACACUCAGUCUAGGGCGAACCUUGUUAUUUUUUUAAUGAAUUUCAAUAAUGCAGUUGAUGCCCAAAGAAACUACUCUGCAAAGAUGGAUUAUAUGGAUUAUAAUACAACUGCAAAGUUGAAGACAGAAUGGUCGAUUGAGAAGCAUGCAUCCACGAUAUUUACUGAUGGUGCGUUCAAGGAAAUUCAAGAACAGAUCAUGGAGGCUUAUAACCACUGUAGUCUGGUUUCGAUAUCUAAUGAUUCAAGUAUAGAGGUUUAUAAGGUUUUAGAUCAUUUUUCAAACACAUGGUCGGUCACAUUAUCUGUGGAGGAUUCUGUUUGUGUAUGUGGUUGUAAGAUGUUUUUGAGGACUGCUCUUGUAUGUUGCCACAUCUUCCUGGUGUUGAAGAACAAAAAAUAUCGAUUGAUUCCGGAGUAUCUGAUUGGAGGUCGAUGGUUGAAAUCUUCUUUGCUUAAGGCUGUGCAUGGCGUCCAAAACUCAGAUGUUGCAACUCAUGUUUAUGUUGAUGAGAAGAAGAAGGCUCAAGCAAUUUUGUUGGGAGAGAUGUUGGGUCUUUACCAAGCGGUCAGUGUUGAUAUUGAUCAAAUCCAUGAGUUGACAUCGAUAGUGCGUGAAGCUCGACAACAAAUUUUUGCCGACGGGGUUGUAACGUCUACAGCACAGAAGAAGAAAAUAAUGGAGGAAUUUUAUGGGGCUGAGGCACCUCAGGAAGUGGAUGUUCAACCACCUGAAGUUGUCAGCACCAAGGGAUCUGGUAGUAGACUCCCUUCAAGAGUCGAGAAGGCUUUGAAGCUUAAGAACAAGGCUAUGCGUCAAUGCAAGAAAUGUCAGGAGUGGGGUCACCACGAUUCUAGGAAUUGCGACAAAUUUAAAGAGAAAGAAAAGAUGCGGUCCAGGAGAAAUUCUGAUUUUUGA